ACGGAAAUCUGUUUUCCAUCCUUUCCUUUAUAAUUUCAAAACGCCAUGCAUUUUCACCCCUCCUAUAUUUUCUUAAAAAAUCUUCGCAUUACUCAAUGUGCACUUGUUCUAUUUCCAGGUGCUUUCCUGCUGCUGGUAAACCAUAAAUAGCAUUGCUUUACCCUCCCCCCAAAGGCUCUGAAUUCAGAGACUUGCUGCGGUUGCACUAUUUCCAAAUUUGGGAGGAAACAUGAUUCUUCAGAAGAGUUCAUUACUUUUAGAAGCCCAUCGUAAACAGUGUAUAUUCCCUUCUUCGUAGUACCCCCAUCGUGUUGCAUAUUGUGAAACAAUGACUUAGCUUUACAAAUGCUUCCAUGCAAGUUUUUUCACUGGAAUGUUCACUGUUGGUUCCACAUCAGUAUCUGCUCACAAUGCUACUAAAAGUUCUAUUCAACGAUAUUUGAAAUCCCGUGAACAUCGUCAAAUACAUACAAGGUCACGCAAAUAUUUUCAAAGAAGUGCAAGUCAUUUUAGUGGUGGAUUUGCUAUUGAAUCUAAAAUAUCUAAUCUACCUGUCAAUGUUGACUGCAUCAGUGAUUUCAACCUAGAAAAAUCAGUUCCAGAUGAUAUAGAUAACCAGAACGACUUCAGUUAUUCUCAAAAAUUGUUUCACAUUUCUGACGGAAAUCUCUACAGUAUUUUUUCACCCAUUCAGGGAAGAAGUUACGGAAUGAAGCCUUCAUUCCUCAGGAAGCAAAAGUACACUGUCCAAGAGUGUCAUGGCCGUGGACGUAAAAGUAUGCGAAAAGGUUUAAAAUUUCACAAUUUUUUACCAUCAGAAAGUGUCACCUCUGAAAAAGACAAUGGACCAUCGAAAUCAAAAUGGAAAGUCCAUUCUGAAUGUCGAUUAAGAGAAGAACACGGGACCAAGCAGAUUACCAUUUCUAAUUGGUCACAGAGUGUUCAAGAACCUUCUGACGAUCCAGAAUGCCAAAAUUCAGUUCUUAGCAAUUACAAUUCAUACACAGUUAAACAAAAUGAUAACAUUGAUACUGAUAACAAAAGCAAUGCUCCUGAUGAACAAGUAGCCAGUGAUAGCAACCCAUAUGAUUUUGAACCAAAUGUGGAAGACAAUGUUAUUUCCGUCAUGGAAUCAUUGGAAAAUAUUAGAGAAACUAAUGCUAUUGAACUUAAAAAGAAAGACUGUAGUAAGUUAUCCCACUUGAGAAAAGGCUCAUUAAAGUCAGUUUUGAACUCUUUAUUAGAUAAGCCAAUGCUGACAGAAAAUAAUAUCUGUGAUCUUCCAGAAGCACAUACUAAGUUUUUGCAAAGUCAAAAGCACAGAAGAAAGCCUGUCCAGACCAGGAGAGUAGUGCCUUAUACAAAAUAUCUAUCAAUACUGGAAGAAGAUGAUAGUUGUCCUCUAGACCUUUCAUCAAAAUGCUUCGAGGAAAAGUGCCCAGUGUCAGGGGAAUUCUCUGAGAAAAAUAAGUUAAGCUGUGAUGCUUUUUCAGCUGAGCCAAAACCAAGUUUUUUAAAACCUACUUCAAUCUCAUCCUCUAAUCCCAAAAUUAUUUCAGUUAAGAAUAGUGAUAGUGCUGUGAGUCAGUCUGCUCUUGCUCAUUUGCUUCAAAAGCAAGUUGUUCCACCUCUUAUCCUUUUGUCCUCUCCAUUAACUCAUCCUCUUAAUGUUGGAUCUGCAUUUUCACAAAUGAAUGGAACAGUAUUAAAAGGAACUGAAACAGAUGCUCAGAAACAUCAGUUUAAUUUGACACCAAAUCGAAUAAAACUCAAGACUAAUUAUCCUCCCAUGAAUUCAAAUCCUGGGCCAUCAUUUUCUGGCAACAUGCAAUAUGCCGUUCAUAAAUCCUUUGUCAAAAACUCUCAGCCAAAAUCCCGCCGUCGCAGCAGCCAGAGGUCAGUUAUAAAAAAGAAUUUAGAAGAUACAUUUAAGCAAAAUGGGUUUUUAGUAAAAACUAAACAGGUUAGUGAUGGUGAAGCUACAUUUUGUAAAUUUCGACAAUUAAGAAAAUACACUAGAUAUUAUUUAAAAAGUUGGCAACAACAUUUACCUGAUGAAGUUCAUAAAAUGUGGAAAGGAUUUCUUCCCCCCAAAACUGUUUUACCACCGGUUUCAGGAUUAAACGAACCAACCAACGGUUUUCAUUAAAUGUUUUACUACUUUUAAAUAAUUUAUUUAAUCAAAUUUUUUUAAUAACGCUUAUGUACUUUGAAGUAGUAAUUGCCUUUAUAGGGUGCAGCAAAGUAAUAUGGGUGAAUAAAGUUAUAAAAACUUAAUUUUAUUCAUAUAUUGAUAUGGUUUUUCAUUUUAUUUGAAGACAACAAAAACAUCUAUGUUAAACACACUUUUAUGUUUGAUACAGAUGUUUUUAUGAAAGGAAGAUAAUCAUAAAGUGUUUAAAAAAAGAAAAUUUUACGCAAGAGAUUUGAAAGGAUAAUAAAAAAAAAUUCGUUGUUACAGAUUUAGUAAAAAAUUUAUUUCAAUUCUUUUUAAUCAUUUUCCAAACUUGCAUGGAAUUUUCCCCUCUAUAGAACCAAUUUUUUUUGAAUAACAUAAGAAAUUAAUUUACUAUGCAGGAAAACAUGAAGAUUAAAAAGACAAAAUAUCAAGUAUUAAGAUAUAAUAUAAAUGUUUCAAAGAAGUAGUAACUAUAUUAAUCACCAAAAUUUUUUCAUUGUUAUCUAGAAUCUUUCUUGCACUACCAACUUGCGUAGUUGAAAAAUUACACAGCUCUUAAUUUCCUAUAUUAUUUUUGCAUCUUGUAACCUAAUGUACACUUUAGUUCUAGUUUAUAAACUGGUACUUUUUAUUUUCACUUUAGUCUGUUCUUCGAAUGCUCCGUCGUAAUAUGAAAUGAUGCUUUUUAGCCAAUAAUAUGCUAUUUUUAUAACUGCUAUGAGUUCGCAAUUGUUACUCGUGACUGUUUGGUCAAGUUUAGCCUAUCUAAAGCCAGCACUGUCUACGCUUAUUUUGAAAAAGGCACAAAGUAUCAAUAUGGAGAAAAGCUGCAGUUUUGUGAAAAUGAAAAACGUUUGUGGUCUAAUAUUUAAAAACUUACUCCAAACUUACUACUUGGACUCAUAAAUAUGUUCAAUAACUGAGAAUGCAGCAGUAAUUUUUAAAUGGCACCAAAUUGGUGAGUUUUAAGAAAGUUAAAUAACUUUUAAAAUAUUCAAGUUAUUUCUCUGUUCUAAAGCCCAGAUAAUUCUUUGCUUCAAGAUUAUAUGUAUAGUUUAAAAUCAACGCAUUGCUUCAAGUGUAAAGUACUUAAACUAUGGCUUUUUUUUUAUUUUCCUUGCCAGCAGAGCUUCAAAAAAAAAAAAAAAAACAGGGAGAUGGGUCAAAGUAUUGGUUGAGAUACAUUCAAUUUGGUCUGUGUUAUUUUGCUGUACCUUAUAUGAGAAUUUUAAAAAAAACAUGUAAUUUUAUAACAGAUAUUUUCUUUUAACUAUUUAUUAAAACAAAAAAACAACAAUUUUAAGUUGUUUACAUAAUAUAUGUAUUGAAAGAAACAGUAUUAUAUUUUUGCAAAAGUAAAGUAUUCAGGCUUUUAAAAUGUUAAUGUUUGUACUUAAAAUAUGUAUAUUUAAUAGAAUGCUAUAGUAAUAAGACAUUACAGUUUUCAAAAUUUUUCUUACUAUUGAGCUAAUUUUAAAGUGUGUUAUAUUGUUUUAUUUAUCAAUUUACAAAAUAUUAUAAUUUUUAAAAUUACAUGUAAACUAAUCUCAUAUUUAACUAAUUCAAUUUUUAAAUUUUGAUUUUUUUAAAAUUUAUUUUAUCAUUAAGUAUUUGAUUUACAUUAUUUCCUCUGAAUCACUGGUUUUAUUAUCUCAUUUAACCCCUUUUAGUUGUUCAAAUCUAGAAAUUAGUGAUCUAUAAUUCACAAGAGAAGUAGAGUAAAAAAAUGAUUUUGAUAGUAUACUAGAGACACAUUAAGACAAAUUACCUACUAAAUUGGAUCAUUUAUGCAAAAAUAAAUAAAACGAAAGAUACUGUAAAAAAAAAGGAAAUUUUUUUAAUAAUGUUAUUAAAUUAUUCCAAAAUUAAAUCCUAUAAUUUUGAAAUAUUGUACGAUUCUAAAAUUAAGUCUUAACAAUAAGUUUCUUUACUUUUUCUGUAUUCUCGAUGAUCGACUGUCGAAUAUAUCUGAUUUAAGCGAAAUGUCACAUAAACUUUACAUUAAACUAUUAAGAGAGAUCUGUUUUAAAUUGCAUUUACAUUAUUUGAUAAUUAAGUCAACAUAAAAUAAAAACACCGAAAAAUGUUGGGUGUUUUUUUUAAAAACUUUAUUUAAUGUAUUUUAGUACAAGACGAUACAACAAAAAAAUAUAUAUGUUUAAUAUAUGCCCUUUUCCUUAAUGCAUUUAUAUGCUCUUGCUUAGCCAAAUUCUCUCUUAAAAAUCGUCUAUUACUAUAAAAUUUUAAAAUGUUUUUGUGUAGUACUAUUCUAACAAAUAUAUUAUGAUUAAUACUAUAAAUAUAUAAAUAUGGUAUUUAAAUUUUGAAUAGUAUCCAUCACCACAAUUAACUUUCUAAAAUGUGCACUUUUUAAAAUGUAUAUUUAACUUCUGAAAAUAUGCCCAUGUUAAAAUAUGUAUCCUAUGGUUCUAAUUUUCUUAAUAACAAAUAUUGGCAUUUUUUUUUUAUAUGGUCCUUUCUUUUUUGUAUGAUUAGUAUUACUAUUAUCACUGAUUUUUUUUUUUUUUUUUAAUUUAUACAAAUUUUUAAACUCAAAUGAAAGUGCAUCAUUUACAUUUUUAUUUUUAAUGAAUCUUAAGCAUCUCUUCAAGGAGAAAGGUUAUUAAAAUAUUGUUUUUUUUUUAAUCAAAUUUCAUAUCAGAAAGAAACAUUUUAA